AUGACAGCAAUCAAGCAUGCAUUACAAAGAGACAUUUUUACUCCGAAUGACGAACGCCUGCUGAGUAUUGUCAAUGUCUGCAAGGCAGGAAAAAAGAAAAAGAACUGCUUUUUAUGUGCCACAGUGACAACUGAACGCCCUGUACAGGUGAAGGUGGUCAAAGUCAAGAAAUCUGAUAAAGGAGAUUUCUACAAAAGGCAGAUUGCUUGGGCCCUUCGAGACCUGGCUGUGGUAGAUGCCAAGGAUGCUAUUAAAGAAAAUCCUGAAUUUGAUUUACAUUUUGAAAAAAUAUAUAAAUGGGUUGCCAGCAGCACUGCUGAAAAGAAUGCAUUUAUUUCAUGCAUUUGGAAAUUGAAUCAGCGAUAUCUUCGGAAGAAAAUUGAUUUUGUCAAUGUUAGCUCACAGCUUCUAGAAGAACUGCCUAAAGUUACAGAAGAAUCUGUUCCAAGUGGAGAAAACCAGAGUGUGACAGGAGGUGACGAAGAGGCAGUGGAUGAAUACCAAGAGUUAAAUGCAAGAGAAGAGCAGGAUAUUGAGAUAAUGAUGGAAGGCUGUGAAUAUGCAAUUUCCAAUGCCGAGGCCUUUGCAGAAAGGUUGUCCAGAGAGCUGCAGGUGUUGGAUGGGGCCAACAUCCAGUCUAUCAUGGCCUCUGAAAAGCAAGUCAACAUCCUAAUGAAGUUACUGGAUGAGGCUCUCAAGGAGGUGGAUCAGAUUGAAUUGAAACUGAGCAGUUAUGAGGAAAUGCUCCAAAGUGUAAAAGAACAGAUGGAUCAGAUCUCCGAAAGCAACCACCUCAUUCAUCUCAGUAACACUAAUAACGUAAAACUUCUGUCUGAGAUAGAGUUCCUUGUGAACCACAUGGACCUGGCCAAAGGUCAUAUAAAGGCACUUCAGGAAGGAGAUCUUUCUUCUUCCAGGGGCAUUGAGGCCUGCACCAAUGCUGCAGAUGCCCUGCUGCAGUGCAUGAAUGUAGCUCUUCGACCAGGCCAUGACAUGCUUCUGGCAGUUGAGCAGCAGCAGCAGCGUUUCAGUAAUUUGCGAGAGAAUUUUGCCCGGAGACUGGCCAGUCACCUCAACAAUGUUUUUGUUCAACAGGGUCAUGAUCAGAGUUCAACUCUUGCUCAGCACUCUAUUGAACUGACUUUACCUAAUCAUCAUCCAUUUCAUAGAGACUUACUCCGAUAUGCCAAGCUGAUGGAGUGGCUAAAGAGUACCGAUUAUCAAAAAUAUGAGGGACUAACAAAGAAUUACAUGGAUUAUUUAUCACGACUCUAUGAGAGAGAAAUUAAAGAUUUCUUUGAAGUUGCAAAGAUCAAGAUGACUGGCACAACUAAAGAAAGCAAGAAGUUUGCUACACUGCCUCGAAAAGAAAGUGCUGUCAAACAGGAAACAGAGAGUCUUCACGGGAGUUCUGGGAAAUUAACCGGAUCUACUUCCAGUCUAAAUAAGCUCAGUGUUCAGAGCUCCGGGAACCGCAGGUCUCAGUCAUCUUCCUUGCUGGACAUGGGAAACAUGUCGGCCUCUGAUCUCGAUGUCGCCGACAGAGCCAGAUUUGAUAAGAUCUUUGAACAGGUACUGAGUGAACUGGAGCCCCUGUGUCUGGCAGAACAAGACUUCAUAAGUAAAUUUUUCAAACUACAGCAACAUCAGAGUAUGCCUGGAACUGUGACUGAAGCAGAGGACACAGAUGGAGGAACGUUGUCACGGCAACAUAAUGCUGGCACACCGCUGCCUGUUUCAUCUGAGAAAGAUAUGAUCCGCCAAAUGAUGAUUAAAAUAUUUCGCUGCAUUGAGCCAGAACUGAACAACUUGAUUGCAUUAGGAGACAAAAUCGAUAGCUUUAACUCCCUUUACAUGCUAGUCAAAAUGAGUCAUCAUGUGUGGACUGCACAAAACGUGGACCCCGCUUCUUUUCUGAGUACUACUUUGGGAAAUGUUUUGGUGACUGUCAAAAGGAACUUUGACAAAUGUAUUAGUAACCAGAUAAGGCAAAUGGAAGAAGUAAAGAUCUCAAAGAAGAGCAAAGUAGGAAUUCUCCCGUUUGUUGCUGAAUUUGAAGAAUUUGCUGGACUCGCAGAAUCAAUCUUUAAAAAUGCUGAGCGUCGUGGAGAUCUAGAUAAAGCAUAUACUAAACUUAUCAGAGGAGUAUUUGUUAAUGUGGAGAAAGUAGCAAACGAAAGCCAGAAGACCCCCAGGGAUGUCGUCAUGAUGGAAAAUUUCCACCAUAUUUUUGCAACACUUUCUCGUUUGAAAAUCUCAUGUCUAGAAGCUGAAAAAAAAGAAGCCAAACAAAAAUACACAGAUCACCUUCAGUCUUAUGUCAUAUACUCUUUAGGACAACCUCUUGAAAAACUAAAUCAUUUCUUUGAAGGUGUGGAAGCUCGGGUAGCACAGGGCAUAAGAGAGGAGGAAGUGAGCUAUCAACUUGCGUUUAACAAACAAGAACUCCGAAAAGUUAUUAAAGAGUAUCCUGGAAAAGAAGUGAAAAAAGGUCUCGAUAACCUCUACAAGAAGGUUGAUAAACAUUUAUGUGAAGAGGAGAACUUACUUCAGGUGGUGUGGCACUCCAUGCAGGAUGAAUUCAUUCGCCAGUACAAGCAUUUUGAAGGUUUGAUAGCUCGCUGUUAUCCUGGAUCUGGUGUUACAAUGGAAUUCACUAUUCAGGACAUUCUGGACUAUUGCUCCAGCAUUGCACAGUCCCACUAA